GUAUGAUUAAUUUAUAAAAUAAAUUUCAAUCAUAAUUUUGAAAAUCUAUUAUUUAACUCUGCGACAACACACUGAUAAUCAAUACCAGAAUUCCUUGAUGCUGAAAUUUACCAUCCUCACUUGAUAUACAGCCAGAAAUUAUGUCGACAAAAGUGACAAGCUAAUAAUUUAAAGUGUAAAUUGGCAGUCAUAGGAGGCGAACAUCAAGGUAUUGCAUGAACAAAAAUAUAAUAUAAACCAAACACGUUAUCUUUCUCUUUCCCCCCCUCCCUCCGUAGUCUCCUUGUGGUUUUCACACAAAUUAACCAUAUUUUACGUAAACAAACUUUUGAACACGUCUAAGUUCUAACCUAACCUAGGAUAAUCCCACCAUAGCCCUGCAACAACAUCUUCACCAACAAAGCGCCCAGCAAAAUCCCAUCCCUAAAUGGAUCCAUCCUUCCGAUCCCAGUAAUCAACAACAUGGAUCAUGAUGACAAAGAAACUCAGAUUAUUUGAACCUUCUCGUAGAUUUCCCAAAUGCCUGAACCAGAUCCCAAGGCUGGCCGCGCAUACAUAUGGACCAUCAGUUGCAUUUUGUUUAUUUGUAUAGCUGCUGGAGGUGGCUGCCUUUUGGCUUACAUGACCAUUCCUGAUUCACAAUCCUCUGUAUUGCUGCCUGCUCUUGGUUUUACCCUUGUUUGCCUGCCUUGGAUAUUUUGGAUCACAACCGUAAUUUAUCGGAUAACUUCGAGGGCCUUUGGAUUCAGGAUGGUAAUUGGUAGCUUGUAUGUUAAUGGUAGUGUCCACAGAGGUGGCGGCGACCAUGGUGGCGGAGGAGGCGGCGCAGCUGCAACUGUUAAUGAUAUUAACGAGGCACAAAUUCUUGAUGUCAGCACAAAAUCUCCAGAGAGUUCUCCAGAGAAUGACGGAAGGCAGGUUCAAUUUGGUGAAGCUAUGGUGAUUGGUAAUGAGAAAAAUGGUGAUCAUAUCCGGGAGGAAGGAAAUAUGAAGAGACCGGGUAGCUCUUCCUCAAGCAGUUCAAACGAUAUAUCUGUUACUUCUCAUGAGAGUGAAAUGCCAUUGGCCUUAUCAAUGGCAUCAUAAUCAAACAUUUGAUAUUGAAUCAUUUACAACAUUAAUUCCGAGGACGGAUGGAAUGCAUUGCAAUGGGUUGGAUCUCAAGCCAUAAUUACUACUUUUCGUCAGGAAAGGGUUUUCUCUUGGCUUCUGAAUAUAUAUAUAUAUAUAUAUAGAUAUAUAGAUAUAUAGAUAUAUUUCAUGACUGUAGAUUAUACUUAUUUUUUAAGAUCCAUGUUGUUUUGUUGCCUGAAUUCAAUAUGGAGAUAUAGCCCUUUUGCACAAACACAACUUUUUCUUCCUAUGAAAAAUGCACAUUUGACCCUAGAAAAGAAUGCAUGCUUGUUGACCUUUCAAACACAAUUAGACUAAUUUUUUGC